AUGACUCUCAUGUGGACCCUCCUGUCAGCCCUGCUGCUGGGUUGGUCUGCGGCCGAGUCUCUGAGCAGCCCUGAGGAAAAUGCAAAUGAAGUCCUGAAGCAUACAGAGGGGAUCACACAGAUCCAGGUGGUUGAAAAUGCAAUCGGAUAUCUCAGUGAACCGACGCCGAGCAACACGCCGACCACGUCAACUUUCUUGACAACCACAAAUUCUCCGAGCUCCAGUCCUGCGCCUCAGUGUCCAGGCAACCAGGUGAAGCUGGAGAGCAGCUCUGGAUGUGGCUGUCCUGCAUCUAGCAUGGUGAAGGUUGGUGACAACUGUACCUGUCUUGUGGGCUUCACUCUGGACGGAGCUGCUGAGUGUAAAGAUAUUGAUGAGUGUGAGGGAGAAGGACCAUGUGGUCCGUAUGCCAGCUGCACUAAUACCCCCGGCUCUUAUUCGUGUAGCUGUCGCCGUGGUUACCUGAUGGGUGCUGGAGGGUGCCAAGAUAUAGAUGAGUGUGCUCUGGCUGCAGUGACGGGUCUGCAGGCCUGUCAGGGGGAGGCUGAAUGUCAGAACACCCCUGGUUCCUUCACCUGCUCCUGUCCUGCAGGAUAUGUAAUCGCCUUCAAUGGAAAAAGCUGCGUGGAUGUGGACGAGUGCAGCUUCGAGGAGCUGUGUCGCCGGGAGCUGGGAAACGUGUGUGUGAACACUCCUGGCAGCUUCACAUGCCAGUGCCAGCCGGGCUUCAGAGCGGAGGCGCCCGCCUGUGUCGAUGUGGACGAAUGUGCGGAGAGUCCUGCGGUGUGCGAUGGUCAGGGUGUGUGUGAGAACACGCUUGGGAGCUAUAAGUGUGUUUGUCGACCAGGUUACCGGGGAAACGGCACACACUGCGAAGAUGACAACGAGUGUGCAUUUGGUCGUCAUGGGUGUGAUACCAACGCUCGGUGUGGCAACAUCAUUGGCUCGUAUUUCUGCCAAUGUUACCAGGGCUUCAAUGGGGAUGGAUACUCUUGUUUUGACAUUGAUGAGUGCUCACUGAACAACGGCCACUGUGAACACAACUGCACCAACGAGGCCGGAGGCUACAGCUGCCAGUGUGGGUCCGGAUACCAGCUGGACCCGGGCGGACACAACUGCACAGAUGUGGAUGAGUGCUCGACGCUGAAUGGGACCUGUGAGCACAUGUGCAUCAACACUCCUGGAUCGUUCCAGUGCUCCUGCAGGCCUGGCUACCAGCUGCACAUCGACCAGCGCACCUGUGUGGACAUAGAUGAAUGUAAACUCCAGAAUGGCGGCUGCUCCCACUCCUGCACCAACUCUCCAGGAGGACAUGAUUGCCACUGCCCUCCCCCUCUGCUACUGGACAGGGACAACCACACCUGCAGCAAUGUUUCAUCUUGUAAGCUGAGAAAUGGCGGGUGUGACCACGUGUGCGCGGUGGGAGCUGAGGGCCACGUCCGCUGCAGCUGUGGAACCGGCUGGAAGCUGGGCGAGGACCUGAGGAGCUGCGUGGAUGUGAAUGAGUGCGGGGACUUUACAAACGGAGGCUGUGAUCAGCUCUGUGUGAACCACCCUGGUGGGUUUUCCUGCGCCUGCAGGGAGGGGUAUGAAGUCCGCACCGAUGACCUCACCAAGUGCCAGCCUGUGUGUGACCCCAGCUGUCAGAACUACGGUGUCUGUGUGGCUCCAAACAGCUGUGACUGUCCCCCGGGUUACCCUGGUGUGGGCUGCUCAGCCAUGUGCUCUCCGCCCUGCGCCCAUGGAGGAACCUGUAUGCGCUGGAACAACUGUUUGUGUCCUCCCGGCUGGACCGGAGCAGGCUGCCACACAGCGAUGUGUGAGUUGCCCUGUGCUAACGGGGGUCGCUGUGUGGCGCCUGACACCUGCCAGUGUCCAUCUGACUACACCGGCCACCAGUGCCUUUUACCCCUGUGCACUCCUGCCUGUAAAAAUGGUGGAAGAUGUGUGGAUGUCAACAAAUGCGCAUGUGUUGAUGGAUGGCAAGGAGCGCGCUGCCAGAUAGAACCGGUUCAGUGUCGGAAACCUUGUAAGAAUGGAGGAGUGUGUGUGGGCCUCAACAGGUGCCGCUGUGCCAAAGGAUUCACUGGGAGCCUCUGUGAAACAGCGGUGACCACACCCUGUGUGCCGCCCUGCCAACACGGAGCCACCUGCAGUCCUCACAACACGUGCACCUGUCCAGAGGGCACUGCAGGCCUGCGCUGCGAGCGACUGACGUGUCCUGUGGUCACCACGGUGGUCAGUAUGGCUCGAGCGGUGAGAAAGGCGUUCAGGGAGAGUUACGUGGACCGCUGCGGACCCCUGGGAGUUCAGCUUUGCACUAAAUACAGGAUAAACCAGGCACGUGUGUACCUGCAGGCCUACAGGGUGGGAUACAAGAUCCAGUGUCCGCAGAGGAAGGGCAGAUGAUCGGCGCUGUCAACAACCUGCUGGUCACAAGCACACGUCCCCCCUCAGAGAAUUUUGGACCAAAAAACGUAACUGAAUCAAUGUGAGGUUGAUGUGGCUUCUUUUAAAUGAGAAAAAAGUGGAUAUGUUGAAAAGAGAAAGGGGACGUGAUUGUAUCAUCAAGGCUGUUUAUUUGGUUUAACGUUAUAUGUUGAGUAUCUUUAACUCGCUAUU